AUGAGAUCAGACAAAGGGAACUCGACUAUGGUGAUGUACAGGGAAGAGUACCAGAGGGAGAUGAACAAACUUGUCAAUGACGAGGAAACGUAUCAGAAAACUGGUCGUGAUCCAACGUCAAGACUGCAGGACUUGGGCAUCAAAUUAAUCAGAAACUUAGUGGAGAAAGAGGUCAUUGAUGAAAUGGAAGGUAAACGGAUGAUCAAGCACAAUACGUUACCACCAAGAAUUUAUGGACUAAGGAAAACACAUAAACCGGGGUGUAAACUCAGGCCUGUAGUUAGCAGCAUCGGAUCACCAAGUUACAAAAUUGCUAGGUUUGUACACAAGAUCUUGUCACCAUACGUCAUGAGUUUGAGAUACAGUAUGAAAGACUCGUUUGAGUUCAUUGAUAAGAUCAAGGGCAUCACAUUGUCGAACAACUAUAUUCUAAUAUCACUGGACGUCGUGUCACUGUUUACAAAUGUACACAAGUAUUUGAUAAACCAGAUAAUUGAAGAACGGUGGGAUGUUAUCUGCGAGUUUGUUAAGUUGGACCAAGAAACACUGUUAAGAUCAAUUAAUUAUUGUUUUUACUCUGGAUAUUUUGUAUAUGAAAAUAAUUUUUACCUUCAGGAAGAAGGAUGUGCAAUGGGCAGCCCAGCAAGCCCAACGAUUGCCAUCAUCGCUGUGGACUACGUAAUUGAAAAAGCAUUAGCUAAGCUAAGCUUUGAUGUCCCUGUAAUUACGGCGUAUGUAGAUGACUUGUUCACGACUAUACCAGAAGAUAAAAAAGAUGAUAUUUUGACAUUGUUCAAUAGCAUAGAUAACCAAAUACAUUUUACACUCGAAGAAGAAGUCAACGGAAAGCUACCAUACCUGGAUGUCAUGGUUUGGCGAGUAGAGGAAGGCAACUUGGUCACGUCAUAG